AUGCGCGGUCGCUCCAUUCAUGCUCGAGCGUUGCUCAGGCAGGCGAGCUCGCACAAGAGCGCUGUCACAGCGAUAGCCAAUCCUUCUUCUGCGAGCAUUGCUCCAUCAGCGAGAGGAUACAUCUCGAGCUGCGGACCGCGAUCGACUCGCUCGGCUUCUCGCCGCAUCUCUUCUUCGGUGCUUUCGUCGUCGUCGUCCAAGUCGUCUGACAGUUCGUCUGCUUCAAAUGGCGGUAACUCAUCUUCUUCGAACAGCAACAACUCGGCUGCAUCUUCUUCCUCGUCUGCGCCCAACGCCGCUGCCACCGAGGAGUGCAUGGGAUCGGCGUCUGCAUCUCCUCUGGUCAAGGUCAAGGUCAACCCUGCACGUCUCGCCAAAGCCGAAACGGCGUCCGCCAACCCACCACCGUCGUCGCUUGCCAAUGUUGCUUGGGAAAGCUUUUUUUCGAACGAUCGCCCAUUGCUGCAGCACGAGAUGCUGCCUCCACGACCCAAGCGUGCUGGCGGUUUUGGCUCGUCCACUUCGCCAGCGGGCGGCUCGUUGACGGCGAUUUUCACGACCGAUGGCUCAUUGGCUACCUUUGGCAACUUUGCAGCCGAGACGCAACAGCAGUGGAGGCGAAGGAUGCGCACUAUUGCGCCUGAGCGUUUCAAUCAACUCUUGGAUGGUCUCGCUGGGAUCGAAGCGGAGGCGGACGUGGCUUGCAGCGACGAUGCAGCGACACGCUGGCUCGUUUCGAGCUUCCACCCAGAAUCGGAUCGUGUGGCUGUUGAAUCCGCCAAGCUGGAAGAAGAGGAGCGCAUCAGAGAAGAGGAGGAAGAGGCCGUCCAGAACGCCUUGGAACGCGGUGAGGAUCCAGAGACGGCACGUAAGCUGGGCGCUGAAGCGGACCUGAUCAUCCUCGGUGAACCUUACGGACCUCGUGCCGAUUGGUCACGUGGUGUGGCUACCUACCUAGCUGAGAAGGGUCGUGCAUACGAAGCGCCACCUGCUCCUUGCACAGGAGAGGAAGCCGUCGAGGCAGCCUCGCGACUGGAAGCGCCUCAUGUUGCCAAGAGCGUGUUUUUCAGCGAUGACGAUCCGAAUCUGAUGCUAUCUCACGCUUUGGUGCAGUCGACGCUGCCACUGGCGCUCAAAUGGGAUAAGCUGGUCGCUCAGAUGGAUGCUGUAGCUCUCAACGACCCUUCUCGCGCCGAAGCGGUGGUGGACACGACCAAGCUGGAUGCCGAGUUGGACACGAUGCGUGGCAAGCGGGUCAAAGUGAGCCCCUUGCUCGAGGCACACAACAUUCUGAUGGACAGUGUGAGGAGAAAGAGGAGGAAAAAGAUCCGAAAGCACAAGUACAAGAAGUUGCGCAAGGCGCAGCGUGCUGAACGACAGAGGAUGAAAAAGUAG